GGGGUUCCAGGAGUGGCUGCCUAAUGACAACGGUGUGCCUCAGGGAGCCCGGGACACCGCCGGUGUCACCAGCACCAGGUGCUCUGACGCUGGCUCUUCCGUGCCCAGGCCUCCGAGCCCCGUCAGCCCCACAGCGCUGUGAGGUUAGGUCGCUUCUGGGGACCCUACGGAGGGCAGAGCACCACGCCACCCAAGAAGGAGCCUCUGUAAAGCCACCACGGCCCGAGUGAGGACAGGACUUCUCACAUUUCUCUUCAUCCUCCCCAGCAUCACACGAGCAGCUCCUCGCCAGCUCCCAGCAGUUGGGAGAGGAGGACCUUGGUGGCACGUUCUGUUAUUUCCCUCGCUCGCUUCAAGGAGCACCAUGGAAUGUGGCUGUGCAGCUGGAAGGGGCUCUGGUAGGAGAGCAGCUCUGUGGAGUCAGCAGAAGGAACAGUCAGUCUGCAGGCAGAGCCAGUCACCACUGUGCAGUUCAAGAUUUGUUUGGAGAAUCUCACGGUGCAGGUGAAGUGGUACAAACCUGAAUGUCUGGAGGAGGAGAUUCAAAUCAACACUGUAGUUCUUGGAGAAAACUGUAUGAAUUUCAGCAGCUCAAGCCUGUGUAUAGCCUGCACAGAAAUCUGUGUGUGUAGGGUCUCCAUCACAAGACCAAACUCGACAGGCACUGGAAGCAGCACACAAACAGCAAUUCUCAGAGAAAAGUGUAUGAAUUUCAGCAGCUCAGGCCCGUGUAUAGCCUGCACAGAAAUCUGUGUGUGUAGAGUCUCCAUCACAGGACCAAACUCCACAUACCCUGGAAACGGCACACAAACAACGGUUCUCAGAAAAAACCGUAUGAAUUUCAGCAGCUCAGGCCCAUGUAUAGCCUGCACAGAAAUCUGUGUGUGUAGAGUCUCCAUCACAGGACCAAACUCCACAUACCCUGGAAACGGCACACAAACAACGGUUCUCAGAAAAAACCGUAUGAAUUUCAGCAGCUCAGGCCCAUGUAUAGCCUGCACAGAAAUCUCUGUGUGUAGAAUCUCCAUCACAGGACCAAACUUAACAGACGCUGGAAACAGCACACAAGCAACAGUUCUCAGUAAGUGGCAGUGGGUCUGUUUCCAUGGGGGAGAUGAGUGGGCAGACAAGGAUGUUACAUCCAGCACUCCUCUGGUUCUUCCAUGUGUUGUUUCCCCUGAAAGCAUCCCGAGAACUGGAGGGGCCAACCCAGCACAGUCCCCUGGUUACAAGAGUGGAGGGUAGGAGGAGUCCUCAGGGAAAAAAGAGGGGGGAGCAGUAAGGGAGAAAACAGCCAGGUGUUUUACCAUGUGUGGGUGGGACCCACUGCCAAACUGGGGUAGGCACCAGUGGAUCAGAGGCUGUGAUGCUGGGAAAGGGCUCUGAUGCUCCAACUACCCCCUGGAUGAGUUUGGAGACCAUUCCCCACAGGAUUUUGUCAGCAACCCAAAGUCGGAGGUGGUUCAGGGUCUGGAAGCCGAAGUCUGGGAAGGAGCUGACCCUGCCAUGAAGGAGGCAAUGGCAGCAUGUGUCCCUGCAUGGGGGGAUGGUGGCUCACGAGUGCCUCUGUGAUGUUGCGUGUGCAGACUUCCUGUGCAUCCUCCUUGGCUUAGCGGUGGGGACGCUCCUUCACAUGCCAGUGAUUGGCUUCCUGCUGUGGCAGCGCAGAAGGAACAGAACAGGAGAGCUUCUGAGUGAGGAAGUGGCAGAGAAGAAUCAGACCAGUAUGGCAGCUCUGGUGACAGAGGCUGAGGACCUGACCUAUGCCAACCUGAACUUUGAAAUGAAAGUGACAGAACCUACCUCCUCCAAUAUCAUUUACACCAAGAUCAAGCCACUGCAACAGAAGCAGAGUGGUGGGGAUGACAGUGCUGCCAGCAAAGAUGUGAAUGUCUACUCCAAGGAAGAGGGAGAGUGAGGGAAGUGAGCAGCUUGUUGUCCACCUGUUGGGGUUGUCCUCAAAAACUAGGUGUUAGCUCGUACAGCAGUGCACUCUUGGUGACCAAAGACCCCUAUUAUCCCUGAGUGGCUGCAGACCCCUGCUUUAUAUUCCCCUGAAAGAAGCCACAUCUCACAGUGAGGGCAGAGCUCUUGAGUCUGUUUUCCCCUUGCCUUCUGCAGCUCCAAGCACUGCCAAGCCUCAGCAACUCUUUUUCCCCGUCUCCAAUCACUGGCAGCUUUUACUUCUCCAGCUACUUGCUCCACAUUCAGGAAUGACCCUUGGACACUGUGUGGCCAACAAGGUGUUCAGGAAGAGCUUGGUCGUGGACGUGCUGCAUGCCAUGGCCAUAAGAAUUCCUGGAGCAAUUUUUUGGAUUUUCGCUAGAGCAGGGACCUGCUGUGAUGUGGGUUGACCUUGCUCUCAUUCACUCACUUGAAACACAAGGGACAAGGAUGGCAAAGCAUUGCUUGCUUCACAGAGGUGCUGCUGCAGUGAUGCACAUGGAUCCCUUUUGUACUGGGGGUGGCUAUAUUUUUUUGCUGGUUUGGUGGUGAAUACCCUUCUCAUGGGUAGAGCACUCUCUUUUGUGCCCUCUUUUAUUGAUAAUGUUGUGUUUCUUGUGAGUUUUUCAAUAAAAUUACGAUUCCCACUUGUGCUCUCACCUGGUGUUUCCUCUGCUGUUGGAAGAGGAUGGGGGAAGAGGAGCAGCUUGACUGGAGUUAAUUUUCCCACUGGGUUUGAAACCAGCAUAUGGCUCUAAUGAUUUAGUGUUACAGCCACAAUAGAUGCUGAAGUUCAGAGAUGACCCUAAGAAGAUAAUCCAGAUCUUAUGGGUUAUUCUCAGAGCAUAUGAUGCAGCUUGGGCAGAUGUCCAACCACUAAACAGACACCAAACAACCAAGUGGUGUUUGCCUGACACAAGUGUAUGAAAUCCAGGAGUGCAACCUAAGAAGGGGAAGAAGUUGCUGGAAGACUGGGGCCAGUGGCUGACCCAGAGUGGGAUCAUAGAACAGAAGCAGCAAAGAACACCUUGAAGUGGUGUGGAGAUGGACUCUGAGAAUCCUGGGAGUGAAUAAAAUGGAAAACAACAAAUCAGAGUAAAGUGAGGGAAUGUCAGUAAGGGUUGACAGAGCACCCAUUAGAUUUUUGAGUUCACUCAGCUAAACAAAUAAGAAUGUAUGGAGGGGACAACCUUGAAAAUCACUGAAAUUGAGUUAGAAUGAUUUAUAGAGGGAUUAUAGAGAGAAAGAAUAAGGAGGACCCCUCCCACUGAGUUUUGAGUGGACCCUUCCGCUUUUCAAACCUUUCUGGCAACAAGGUGCACUUUAGUCCAAUCUUAAUCUCAGACUUGAACAAUGCUUUGUGCCUAAUGAAUUAUCCAUACAAAGUUUAUCACAAUUUGGAGUAACUACAUGGAUUAGUAAUGUUUCAUAGUGUAUUCUCAGCAAGCUCUCAGUUACUUACCUGAGGAUCUGUCAUAGGUGGAUACUGAGGAUAUCUCAUAUCUCCACCUUGGCUAAGGGAGGGUUCCCCUCAUCUCAGGUAAGGUAUUUCUAAUUUUGAGAGGGCUCCCAGCUCAAGAAUGGAGUCACUGGUGUGCAGUCCAGCUGAAAUUCAGGGACAGCUCUAAUUGGGCUUUUCUGGUCAUGAUAACUGGUAGAGUGAAGUAGUGGUCUUCUGGUCAAUAGGACAGGUAAGAUGGAUUUCUGUUUAGUAUUGAU